AUGGCGGCCGCUGCUUGCGGUGCUCACAGCGGAAUUUUACCGAACACAAACAAACCUGUUAAAGAACAUUUACGAAAAAGUAAAGACACCCGGCGGAGACAAGCGGCUCUGUUUUUCCUAAAUAACAUUUCUUUAGAUGGACGGCCUGUGUACGCUCUCAGUAAUGGAUUUAAAGAGACCUGGAACCAAAGCACUGAAGUGGGACCAGCGGCGGUUUCACUGCCGACCAACAGCAGCGGUAGCAGCGUUAGCCAACUGUCAUCUUACAGCGGGGCUCCGAGGACUAACACCUGUCCCCCGCCUCCUGUACCCACCACACAUGUAGCAGAGUCCAGUCAGGGGGGAAACAACAAUGAGCUGUCCUCGGAAAGUGGGAGAAGAGAGUCUUUGUUACAGGGAUUCCCAAUUUCUUCGAGCCCUGGACCUCCGCAGAUUAGCAUUGUUAAAUCUCUGGGCUCGACGUCUAGCUGCCCCUCGGUCCUGCCUGAUCAACGACAGCGAAUACGAAAUCAAUCUGGAUCUCCAGGCCCGAGAGUGAGCAAAAAGGUGCACUUCAUCAAGAACAUGCGGCAGUAUGACACUCGAGGCAGCAGGAUUUUUGUGAUCUGUGCCAAGCGGUCUCUGUGUGCUGCUUUCUCUAUAUUGCCUUAUGGAGAGAGCUUUCACAUCAGUGACACAAAACUGGAACCCCAGAGGCAGAGGCACCCAUCAGGUGGAUCAGCUGAUCCAGUUCCUGUGCUAGAAGGCGUGGAACUGGGGGAUUUGGGAAAGACAGUAUCAUAUGCCCAGUUUCUUCUUCCUACCAAUGCCCUGGUCAGACAGAAAGGCAGCGUGCCCUCGGACACGUGCACGGCUCAGACUCCCCGAAACUGGAUGAACAACCAGAAGAAUUUCACACACCCCCGUUUAAACACCACCAUUGGACAAGAGGCUGGUGUGGAUGAGUUAGCAGAUUAUGACCCAAACUUGCUAAGUGAUCCUCAGUGGCCAUGUGGAAAGCACAAGCGAGUCCUGAUCUUCGGUUCUUAUGUGACAACAAUCAUUGAGUACGUGAAACCCUCUGACCUGAAGAAGGACAUGAAUGAGACAUUUAAGGAAAAGUUUCCCCAUAUUAAGCUGACAUUGAGCAAGAUCAGAAGUUUGAAAAGGGAGAUGCUUGCCAUGAGCGAGGAGUGUGGGCUACAGCCGGUUACCAUAGCGAUGGCCUAUGUGUACUUUGAGAAGCUGGUUCUGCAGGGUCGACUGAACAAGCCCAACAGAAAACUUGUAUCUGCGGUGUGUGUGCUGCUGGCGGCCAAGAUCAGUAGUGAUCUCAAGAAGCUGGAGGUCAAACUUCUGAUAGAUAAGCUGGAGGAGCGUUUCAGAAUAAGUCGGCUGGAGCUAAUCCCUCUGGAGUUUCCUGUCUUGGUUGCUUUGGAAAUGGCUCUUUACCUCCCCGAAAGCAAAGUCAUGCCACAUUAUCGCAGAUUGGUGCAGCAGGUAUAGAUUCCUGUUCCUGAACCUAAAGAAAUGUGGAAUACUGACCUGUGGGCUUUGAGUUUCAUUUUCUGUCUUCCAUAUUUUUUCACUUGUUCAUUAUGACUGACAAAUUGUUUGUUGUGUGGGAUUAGUGGUGGUGGUGGUAGACAUAUUGUGGUUAUGAUAUACUGUACAUUAUUACAUUUAUUAAGCAUAUUUUUUAAACUUAAUUUUUUUUACUUAGUUGAACUUAUGCCUUUUUUUUUUUUUAAUUUAGGUUUUUAUACCAUUUUUAUUUAUUACCACUGUUUUUUCUGCAUAUUCUGUCUGCAGGCAAUAUAUACAUGAAAGACUGACUGUAAAUGUUUUAUCUUAAGAUAAAGAUAUUUAUCUUAAGAUAUUUAAGUGUAUUUAAAUGGAGCACUGUAUGUUGAAGAUUACUGUUUUAGGUACGUUCUUUGGGCCUCAUUGAGUGUCCAUCUGUUCCCUAGUAUAGUGAUUUCACUGUCUUGCUUUACUUCUACUUGUUUGUAUUUGUGCUGUGAAUUUUUGUGCGAGGAGCCAGUACUGUGUAUGUCUAUUUUUGUUUUGUAGCUUAGCAGUGCCAAAUUAACCAGACCAGCUAGCAGCUAUUUGGUUGAACUUAGGACACACAAUCUCUUCAUUUAUGUGAUCUUAAUGUGUCUUGCACAAGGUCUCUUAAAAGUAUUUUGAUUACUUACUUAAAAAUAGUUUGGAACUUGCAUAAUAUAGUCUUUAAAAUAAGAACUGCACUAUGAAAUGUUUGCUAUGUGGGUGCUAAAUUGUCCCAUGUUUAUACAAUCCAUGGUUAUAGGGGUUGGGUGGUUAGUCCAGACACUGGAUGACAGAAAACAGAUCCACAUGUAUGAUAUCUGAGUCUGUAAAUGAUCUCAUUGAGCCAUCAGUGAUGUACUGUAAUGCGUUGCAUAUGAUGCAGUGUGUGUAUCCGGCUUGAUAACUGCACUGUACAUCAUUCUUAGGCUUACUCGUUUUAUUUAGAUACUUAACAAUGUUUACAGCCAGAGGCUGAAGCUCAACAGUGCACACACGUGAUUUAAUGGAUUGCUGCUUUUUGUGCAAGGUAGGGAGGAGGUAAUAUUCGUGGAGCUUCAGCCACACAACGUUGCCUAAUUAAAAUAAAAAUGUAACCAGAAACAUUGGAAGUUUUCUGUGUUAAACAAUGUAGGUGGUGCAGCAGUAGAAUAUGCUUGCUCACAGCCGUGGAGACCCGGGACUUAACUGUGUCACUGGCCUUGUGGGGCAUUUUACAGACACAACCAGCUGUGUCUGAGGGAGGAAAGGCCGAAAGGGAAUCACUCUCUUGCUUUGUGCUGGUUUUCAAUGGUUUCCGCAUUCACUGGCCGGGCCAGAGCAGCAUAUGCUGAGCCCAGGCAGAACAACAAGCACACAAUUGGUAAUUUUGCAGCAACACUUUAAAUGUCUGGUGUAAUUUAUUUUCAUGUAUGAGCUCUAUGAGAGAACAGAAAUAAUAUAUACUUGUAUAAAACGUAUCGGUAUUUUUAAGGUACGCAUGCGUGAUGUAUUUUUCUAUACACUCUUUUACUCAGGGAGAGGGUACUGACUUGUUUGGUACCCUCUGUAAACUGUAUGUCUUUUUUAAACAUCCCUGUAAAUAGUCAUUUAGAAAUAGCUAAUUAUUUUUAGUAUAAAUCAUUUCACUUUACACACUGUGACUAUUGGUGGAAGAAGUGCCUUAAUUCAAACAUCGUUUAUUCCUUUGAUGUGCCAUAAGUCUUUUGUGUAUUCUGAUCAUUUGUCACCAGCUUUGUAAUUAGGGCAUGUAGAACAGUGUCACAUGGCAAGCUGGAACACUACAUAUACUGUGAUAAGUUUUUUUUGUGAGAAUAACACUUUUCUUGCAAGCACAUACCUGUAUCUUUUGUAUUUAAAUGUUCUGACUUGUGUUGGUACUGUUUUGUGCUGUAUGGAUGUGACUUGCUGUUUUCUUGUGAUUAAAGUAUUCUUAUAAAUAA